AUGGAUACAACAAAUGCAGCUUCAAAGAAAGCCAAUUAUUCUUCAAGUGAUGAUGAUAAUAAACCUUCAACAGGUGGCUGGAAUGCUGUCUUCUUUCUCACAUUUGUGGAGAUGGCAGAAAGAUUUGCAUUCUAUGGUUUAACAGGGAACUUGAUAACUUUCUUGACCAAUGAUUUGGAAGAGACAACAUCGGCAGCUGCUAAGAUCGUCAACAAUUGGGUUGGGGUCUCCUUCGUCUUCCCUUUACUUGGAGCCUUCAUAGCUGAUUCCUACCUUGGCCGUUCCAAGGCCAUCAUCUUCUCUUCCACCAUUUAUUUCUUAGGAAUGAUUUUGUUGACACUAUCUGUAUCAGUAAUUCCUUUGCACAGCGGAAAGGCAGUGAUUUUCUUGGCACUUUACAUAGUGGCAAUAGGCGCAGCAGGGCAGAAACCAAUAGUUCAAACAUUUGCAGUGAAUCAAUUUGAAGAGUCGUCAUUAAUGGCUAAGAGCUCCUUCUUCAAUUGGUUCUACUUCGCAUCUAUAAUUGCUCAUGUCUCUGCCCUCUCCAUUGUUAUUUAUGUCCAGGAUAACGUUGGAUGGGCCAUCGGGUUCAGCAUAUUGGCGGCGGCUGUGGCCGUUGCAUUUGCUGUCUUCUUGUGUGGCAUGAACAAGUAUCGAAGACAAGUGCCCUUCGGGAGUCCCUUCACUUCGCUGGCUCAGGUGGUAGUAGCCGCCGCUAGAAAGUGGCGCGUGGAUGAGACGCUCCAUGGAAGAGGUGUUUGCUAUGGAGAUGUUGUUGCGUCUGAAUAUAUGACUUUUUCUGGGACCAAAAAGUUUAGAUUCUUGGAGAAAGCAAUGAUAAUUGACGAUAUUGAUGCAUCAAGAAAAACCAGAGAUCCCUGGAGGCUAUGUUCAUUAAACCAAGUGGAAGAAACGAAGCAAGUCCUACGUUUGACCCCAAUAUGGUUAACCUGCUUGUAUAAUAGUGUAGCCCUAGCUCAGCUCUCAACCUUCUUCACCAAACAAGCAAGCACAAUGGUUCGAUCCAUUAUUAUUGGACCCCACCAUCGCCAUUUCAUCAUCCCACCAGCAUCACUCCAAUGCAUCACAGGCUUCACCAUCAUCCUUAUGAUCCCAAUCUACGACAGACUCUUUGUCCCGCUCGUCGGAAAAUUCACCGGCAAACUCACUGGCAUCACGAUGCUUCAAAGACUAGGCGUUGGCCUAUUCUUCUCUGUUCUAACCAUGCUUGUGGCCGCCCUAGUUGAGGCCAAAAGGGUUGAGUUAGCAAGUUAUCACAAUCUCUUGGACAAUUCAGAGGCAAUAUUGCCAAUUAGGGUUUGGUGGUUGAUUCCUCAGUACAUUUUGUGUGGGGUUUCUGAAGCUUUUGGGAUUGUGGGGCUUCAACAUUUUCUGUAUGAUCAAUUGCCAGAGGCUAAGAAAAGUUUGGGAGCUGUGUUUUGUAUUUGUAAUGUGGGGAUUGGGAACUUCAUAAGUAGUGGGAUUAUACAUGUUUUGGAGGUUUUAAGAAAAGGGAAAUGGCUUGGGAAUAAUUUUCUGAAUAGGUCUCAUCUUGAUUUGUUCUAUCUUCUGCUUGCUGUGUUGGGGUUUUUGGAUUUAGGUCUUUUUGCUUUUGUUGCUAAGCGGUAUGUUUACCGAAAUGCCCCACAAAAUUACCCUAACACAAAGCCUUGA